AUGGACAAAGUUUCUUCUGAUUGUCCAUACCCUGGAUGCUUCUUCUGUGUCAUGAAGGAGGGAAAUCCAAAUAAACGCAGAUCAAGUAUAAUAAAGUUUUUCAGAGAACUUCCUUCUCAGGAUGAUGACGGGCAGGUUCUUCCCAUCAGUGGGCUUUGGAACACCGCUAUGUCUCAUCCUAAUGAUCCUGAGUUCAUUGACCUCGGAAUAUUUGAAUGCAUGUCUUCAUUGAUAUGGAAGGGUCUAAAAAAUCGGCGUUGGCUUUCUCAUGAUCAGAACAUUUAUAUUCCAUAUUAUGCCGCUCAUAUAAUUGGAUCUUACACCAUGAAUAUGGAGGAAUUCGCUGAAAGUGCAGUUCAUGCUGGGAUCAUACCCCCUUUGGUUGAACUAUUGAGAGGAAGGUUAACGUGGGUUGAGCAAAGGGUUGCGGUCAGAGCCCUAGGACACUUGGCUACAUAUGCCAGCACAUUUCCUGCGGUGGCAAGUCAUGGGGAAGUUCUGGAGCUUUCCAUUCAGCUCGCAAUGAGUUCCUUGGAGAUUGUUUACUCGCAUUUCUAUCAAUAUCCCGACAGAAGACUUAGCUACCACUGUGAUCUUUUGACACGUGGCAUGGGUGGAGUGGAGAUGGAAUCCAGGAAGGCUGAAGAAUGGGCGAGUCAGUUGCAGUGCUGGUCUCUUCAGUUGAUUAAUUGCUUUGCUUUCAAGCAAGAGUUUCUUUCUGUUAUAUGCAAGCCGGAGUUUUUGAUUAAGUUACCUAGUAUGUGGGGAGGACUUGUUAAUGAGAAUUCACCCGCUGGUAUUGGUUUACUCCGAACAAUUUGCCAUCAUAAGCUGGGCAGGGGUCCUGUUUCUGGUUUACCAUCUGUUAUUGAAGCACUAUGCAGCAUUGCCCGUUCCUCAGAUGACUGGCAAUACAUGGCUGUCGAUUGUCUUCUCUGGCUGCUCAAGGAUCCGAGUACCUGCCACAAGGUGAUAAAUUUAAUUAUCUCUUUCUCACCAUUUUCUGAUUUCAUCUGUCGCCAUUUUUUCUAUUUUUCUUCAUAAGAUUGGUUGUUUCUCUGCAUUACAACUGAUUGGGUUAUUAUAUAAGAUGUGAUUUAUCUCACUUUGUGAAAGAUUUGCCACAGCUCGAGAUGUGAAACUCAUUUCAGUCCUAUGCGUUACCGACCGUCUAGAAAGAAAAAGUUUACUUUCCAGAAAUAUGUGAAUAUUUCCAGAUCAGGAAUUUUUACAAGUCUUCAUGUAAAUGGGCUUUUUUCUUGUAGUAGUUGCUUGCCAGGAUCAGGAAUGAUGCUUCCAUGUUCUUUUUCCCUUUUCUCUGUAUGGAAAAUGAUUCCGGGAUAGGCACAAUAAUUGAAAAAACUUGCUUGAUAGCCUUCCUCACUGCACACUCGAGAGUGGAUCUCUUAUUUCUAGAUUAAACUGCUUGUUUAACCGAAGGUUUGUUAUUUUCAAAUCUUUGAUGAAACAGUAUCUGAUGUCUGCUGGUAGAAUUUCCUUGUUUUAGAAAGAACCAAAGACCUUCAAGAACGUAUCGGGGUGGCUUGCUUUACUUUAGCAGGAAAAAAAAAGAAAAAAAAACUAGAUUUAAUAGUCAGUGCUCUUAACGUGCUUAGGUAACCAGGAUGUUGGAAGUCUAUCAAUCCAGAGAGCCAGGCGAAAUUUUAAUGAUGUCCAUAUACAGAUCCAGCGGACCUAGUGAACUAACUUUGAUUUAUGAUUUUGGAUUCUAUCUAAUUCACGUUGUUGCUCACUUACAGGUCAUCAAUAAGGUCACUCCUGUACUAGUAGACUUGGCUGAGAUAUCAACACUUGGUGACAACAAGAAGCUUGGCGACAUGAUCGUCUGUGUCCUUCAAGAAUGCAUUCAAACACUGGGAACUGGACAUUCUUCGAUUGGGAGCAACGCCAGGAAACAGAUUGAGGAAGUUACAAAUUCCAAACAGAGGUUAAAAUGGGAAAAGAAGGUGCCAAAGGAGGAUCUUCAUAUAAAGCAGGCUGCCACACUGGUUGUCAAGCUGGAAGGGAAUUCUCUAUUCUCGUCAGGAAAUAUAGCUGGAGCUGCAUUAAAAUACACCGAAGCACUGGCCCUGUGCCCCAUGCGGUCGAAAAAAGAACGAGUUGUUUUGUACAGUAAUAGAGCUCAGUGCCAUCUUCUCCUGCAGCAACCCCUUGCAGCCAUUAGCGAUGCCACUCGGGCAUUGUGUGUCCACAGCCCCCCUAAUCGCCAUGCCAAAAGCCUGUGGAGAAGAGCCCAGGCUUAUGACAUGCUUGGACUGUCCAAGGAGAGCUUGUUGGACGCUAUACUAUUUAUCAACGAGUGUUCCCAGUCAAACGAUCCUGACCUCUCAGUUAAACCGAAUAAAAUUCCAGAUUAUGCCGAACGGAUGGUCAAGAAGCAGAUGCGUGCAGCAUGGUUAUUCAGAGAAGCUGCCGAAAAGCAUGGAGGUGUCCAUUGUAAUAGUGGUGGCGGUGAAGUUUGUGAUCGGGAGGCUGAUGAUUCUGAGUGGGAAACAGCAAGUGAGAGUGACAUUGGGAAUGAUGACAGAGAAGAGAAAAGUAACGAAGUCAAUUAG